GAAUUUAAACGCUGGUUGACUUAUUUAAAACAAAGUUACCUGGACAUUUUUCCUAUUGAUAAAGAUAAAUCAAAUCAUGUACGGCAGGUGAGAAAUGCCAUGUUUUCCAUUGUCAACCCUACACAUUUCGUCAGUCAAGUUCAAUUAGCCGUGGUAUCUGAUGCUGCCCUUUCUCAUUGUCUUGACCUUAGCCCGAAAGUAUUUACCUCAACAUUAUUUCUUGAUUUUACAAGUGGAAAUUAUCGAAGUGGUUUAUUUCCACCUUCUCUUGCACACAGAUAUGGAGGGCAUCAAUUUGGUUUUUGGGCUGGGCAACUUGGGGAUGGCCGUGCUUUGUUGCUUGGUGUGUUCACAAACAAUAGAGGUGACUAUUGGGAGCUGCAGCUAAAAGGAUCUGGUCUCACCCCUUACUCACGUAGUGGUGAUGGACGUGCUGUUUUGAGAUCAUCAAUCAGAGAGUUUUUAGCAAGUGAAGCUAUGCAUUUUCUUGGUAUGUACAAUGAAAACAAUAUUUUUUAAAAAUAUUGAGCAAUGAAUGUAGACUUGAUUGAAGAAGAAUCCUUCACUGCCAUAACUUAAGAUGCCUUUUUCCAUCAUCUAACUUAAUCGUGACCUAAACAAAUUGGGAUUAGUAUGUGUUAUAGUAUUUAAAAUUGCUUAAGGGCAUUGUUACAACUGCUCUGUGUAACAUUUAAAAUGUACUUUAAAAAGAUUAUUAAGUCUUUACCCAGGGCCUAACAAAGACUGGCUGGAUGCGGCCCUCUUGGUACAUUAUGAAUGAGCCAGUAUGAAAAUUCAUAAACUUAAAGCAUUGCUGCCCGUAAUAAAUAUCUCUUGUUUGCUUUUUAUUAAAAGAUUUGUCACAUUUUGAUUGAUAUUAAUUAAAACUGGAGCUUAACUGGUUGCAGUUUUUUUUUUACUGAGUCUAGGUACUUUGAGAAAAUAAUCAAUAGGUCCAAAUGUUAAAAAAAAAGUUUACUUCUCAUUUUCUAUAAUAUAUGCAGGCCCUCAAAAUAUAUGCCUUAAGACAUGUCACACAUGAAAGCUAACUGUGUGAGUGUGAGUUUUUUUUUUCAAUCAGUACUAUUAAUAUAAAACGGGGAGUUGGGGGGAGGGUUUGAUUGAGGAAGCAGGACACACAAGAAGCAUUUGUGUCUAUUGCCUCAAGCCUUCAAACCCCUAGUGCAUGAUUUCCUCAUCAACACCAGUAACAGAAACAUUGCAAAUCCCAUCUACAUGCAUAGGAGCCAAAAUGAUCAAUAAAUUGAUCGUGGGCCCUUAAGAUAAAGAAGAAGAAAUAUAUAUGAGAUUCAAGAAAAAAUUAGUAUUGCGGCUACACUUCAGCUAUACCCAAUAAAUUAACCUUCUAUGGGCAAAAACAUUUGAGUAAGAUUGUUUUGAUUGAUCUUUGCAAUAAGAUACAUACCGGUAGUCUUAAAAUGCACAAGAGGUUAGCUACUAUAAUAGAUAAACUCAUUGAGAAUUAUUUCCAGCUGGAUUUUUUACUCAAUAAAAUUUACCAGUAUUUAAAAUUUGUUUACAGGUGUGAGGACAUCUCGGGCUGUUUCAUUGGUAGUCAGCAAUGAUUAUGUCAUGAGAGAUCAAUUUUACGAUGGUCAUCCUGUGCCAGAGCGUGCCGCCAUAGUCCUUCGGGUGGCACCUUCUUGGUUCCGGAUAGGAUCUUUGGAAAUACUUGCACAAUCUAGCGAAAGAGAUCUGCUUCAGUUACUGCUAGACCACAUUAUCAGCACUCAUUACAAGACUAUAGAUCUGAAUGACCCUGACAAAUAUUUGCAUUUAUUUCAAAGUGUUGUAGAAAGUACAGCCGAGCUGAUAGCCCAGUGGCAAAGUGUUGGAUUCACACAUGGUGUUGGCAACACAGAUAACUUCAGUUUACUUUCUAUUACAAUUGACUAUGGCCCAUUUGGAUUCUUGGAUCACUAUAAUCCAAAAUAUGUUCCCAAUACUUCAGAUGAGGAAGGUCGUUAUAAUUAUGAAAAUCAGCCUCAGAUUGGGUAUUACAAUCUUGAAAAACUCUUGUUUUCCAUAGAAUCACUUUUUGAAAAGUCACAAUACAAAACAGCUCAAAUUAUUUUGAAUGGAUAUUUUGAAGUCUAUAAAGAUAAAUUUGUGAAACUGUUUGCUAAAAAAUUAGGUCUUUCUUCAAUUCAUCAGGCAGAGGAUGGAAAUUUUGUGGAGAUGUUUCUAAAAAUUUUGAAAGAAUCUGGUGCAGAUUUCACUAUGACCUUUCGACAGUUGGGAGAGACUCAUUUUGAUAAGCUGGUGACAGAGAAAUUUCAUGAUAAUGGGUGGGCGUUGAAUAAAAUAAUUCAACAUUCUCUGUAUCAAGAUUUUCUGAAAUUGUAUAAAUCCAGGCUGGACUCUGAGGGAACAACAGACGGGCAGAGGCAGAAAAUGAUGAAUGCACACAAUCCAAGGUAUAUUUUAAGGAACUGGAUGGCACAAAAUGCUAUAGCCAGUGCAGAAAAAGAUGAUUUCACCCAGGUGCAAAAGAUCUACGAAAUCCUGAAAUCUCCAUUUAUGUAUCAACAAGAAGCUGAGGAUUUGGGAUAUGCACGUGAACCACCUUCAUGGGCAGCACAUAUCAAAGUUAGCUGUUCAUCAUAA